AUGGCAUCUCAAUCAUCCCAGGACCCGCUGGACGUCCUACAGACCAUGGUCAACGAUGUCCUGGUUCAUACAGGCAAGGCUCUUAGAGCUUCCCGCAAAGAUACUCAAGGCAACACACAGGCGACUCAGGCGACGCUUAAGUCCAAGUUACCCGAGUCCAUUGAUGGUUUCCGGGAAGCCCUGCAUAAGCUAGAAUCGGAUAUUAUUGACGCCAAGUCUGUCCUCAUGCGUGAUAUCAAGCGGCUUCGGGAGCAGAAGCAACAGAGCCAGCAAAGCCAGCAGAUUCAACGGCAGCGGGCUCCAGCGCUUCCUCAGCCUCCUCAAUCUCAAAGUCAGAGUCAAUAUCAGCCCCAAACGAAAAAUCAGCCUCAGUCUCAACCUCAAUCCCAGCCUCAGCCUCAGCCGGUUGAGUCUCAAUCCAAAUCUCCUAUGGUCAUUGACCUUGAAUCAUCACCGCCCCCACCGCCUCCCCAAGACCAGCCCAUGACAGAGAUCAAGGCAAAUAAGCCUGUCGCCCCUUUUCCUGAUAUGGGCAUGGGACUUCCCGAGGUCGACCAAUCUAGCGACGCAGUGAACAAUGAGGCCAGCUUAUCUACUGUUUCAAAUACGGUUCCAGAACAACAAUCCAGGAUGAAGACCAGCACAUCUCCCGUACCACCGUCGACUGUUGCUACCGCAUCCAUGGCCCCAAUGCCAAUCAUGGAACAAAAGCCAGCAGAUAAUCACAACAAUGACGUGAUGGAUCUAACUAAUGAAGCACCUCAUUCAGAACUCAACUUCACAAAUAUGCAGUUCACUCUGGCCCCAGGGAACAAUGACCCACAGAACUCAUCUGUCACUCAAGAAACAUCUUUUGAUCUCGCAACGUUUGCUCCUCCUGAGGGCAACGACAACAUCUUGGGACUUGACGACCUACUUCCCAAUAACAACACUUCGCAAACAAACGAUAUGCCUCAAAUGUCUGCCGGUUCUGCUGAGAGUGUGUCCAGGCCAGAGCCUUUAAUGAGCACAGAGAAUCAGGGAAUGCCACAGGAAUUGUCGACAAACAACAUCGAUUCUGUGUUUGACGACGAGAUCUUCGAUGGUCUCGACACAGGAGGAGGUCUUGCCGAUGGAACGGGUGAUCCUACUUUUGACGACCUCAUGAAUGACCGCGAUGAUGAUGACUUCAAUUACCUGGGGGGUGACGAUUUCGAAGAAGCCUUCUUUCUCCAAGACCCUAUGUGA